AUGAGCAAAAGUGGUAAAAGGAGCGAUGCAAAGGCUUCACAGUCAAAAAGCAAGAGUAGACGAGGAAAUAAGUCGAACAGCAGGACAUCCACAAUAAGCGAUGAAACCAAUGAACGACAGCAGAGUGCUGUUAUGCCUGAACUUGGAGAGAAACUUCGUCGCAUGAACGCUGAUCAAAAUGGCAACAAUGUAAUGAACAUAUCUCAUUCGCUACCGAGACGGAGUCAUCGAGGGUCAUCCAGUCGGAAAUCCUACAAAAACCCUUCUUCGUCUGUCAUGAAUAAUGAAUUGGAAAACAAAAUGGAACGAAUGCAGCGUGGUGGUUCAGGAUCGACAUCAGGAAGAAGACAAGAAGCCAGCCGACAGCAAUCGAGACGGAGCUCAUCGUCGACGAAAUCCGAUGGAAGAAGUA